AUGAGCAAUAGAUAAUUUAAAACAGUGUUUUUAGGAAGUCAAAAUGUUGGAAAGAGUUGCAUAGUAAAACGAAUAGUGUAAAAUUCAUAUGAUGGGAAGACAGAACCAACGAUCGGAAGUUCAUUUUAAUCUAAAACUAUUAAUAUAAAUGGAGAAGAUAUAACAUUCCAGUUGUGGGACACUGCUGGCUAAGAAGCUUUUCGCGCCCUUACUAAAAUAUAUUAUAGGUUCUACAAGAAUCCUAAAUCGGUAUAUGACAUCACAAAUAAGGAGACAUUUCGCAGUCUCGAGAAGUGGCAUGAAGAUCUCAAGGAUAAUUGUGACAGGAACAAAAUGAUUUUGGCAUUAUGCGGAAACAAAGUUGAUCUGGAUAAUGACAAUAUCACAUACGCAGAAGCCAAAAAAUUUGCAGAUUAAAUUAAUGGAGGAUUAUUCUUAGUGUCUGCAAAGACUGGAUAAGGAAUAGAAGGUUUGAAAUCAAUAGAAUAUUGA